AUGGUCUAUCAUGGCCAGCGGAGACGGCGUAGUGCAAACCGGACGGAUCCUGUAGGGUUGAACUGGUGUGACAGGUAUCUUAGGUAUCUACUGAUUCACUUUUAGAAACGAGAAGUCGUGAAAACUCUUUACGGCUUUGAUUUUAGAAAUAAUGAGGGGAUAUUUCUAGUCCUUCCAUCGGACUCCGUUUAAAGCGUUGAGAUUCUUUCAGAGUGGAGGAAGCUGGUCGAUUGUGUGAAGUUGGCGGCAAUGGUUUCUCCGGUUCUAAAACUCGCAUUGUCGAGCAUGUUUCGGAGCUCGAACGUUUGGCAAAUACAGGUGGGCCGCGAGUUCUCAAAUACUGUGCCUUGAUACGUUAUCGAUUCGAAAGCACAUAUUGGGUGAGAACGGACGGUGAGGAGGACACCAGAGAAACACAGGCGGGGCGGGGCCUGGAGGACGGACCUCGGGGGAAUCGCCUCCUUUUCCAGCUUUUCCUUCUGUCCUUUUCAAGCUUCUGGUUUUCGCCUUGUGACUCGAAACUUUUCUUAGAAGUUUUCUUUCAAUCUUUCGACAAAAAAGUCCGAAAUUUUUUCUGACUUCAUAUUUUCAGAAGAGAAGGAGAUUUUCCCAGCGGUAAUCGCACCCUUUAAAUUUGGAACCCCGUUUGGAAAAAAAUCGUUUAUGUUUUCUUGGCAUGAGAUCUGGCUCAGAGUUCUGAUAGGUAGAAAUUUCUUUUUCAGUUAAAAAAAAACUUCAAAUUUCCAUUUUCAAAACCUCUUCUGACAUUCCUUACAAAUUAUUUAAACUCACAUGUCGGGAAAAUAAUUAAUUCACGUUUCCGUGAAAUGAUUAUUGCAAAGAUUGGCAGUUCAUUCCAAUCCGACUUGGCGACUCCUAUUGCGACCACGACAAAAACUACAGUGAGAUCACUAUGGCUCAUUCUUUUUAUUUAUUUAAAUUCGAUCGAAAUUAUUCUUGAGAAAGAAAAAAACUCGAUGUGAAUACUACAUAUUUAUUGUAAAACGAAAACGUUUAUAACUAUAUUGGAAGCCUCUACUAAAUUUUAGGAACGUUGUCCCCAUUUCCGUUUUUUUUUCUCUCCCAAUCAUGGUUUUUGGAAAAAGAUUCUGCGCUCUCAGUGAUUUCAGACGCGCCUAGAACCCCAUAAUAUGAACUUUUAAAGUCGAUCUAGUCCUAGGAAUUACAGAAAGAAUUUUUUUUCUUACCUUGUAUUCUUAAUUUCCGCAAAAUCAUAUGAUCACGGCUUCCCUGCAAACUCUUGGUGAUGGAGGUUUUGUAGAAUGGAGCCGAGGUACGAGGUUUGGAAAGGCAACGGAGAGACGAUCCUCUACGCGCCUUAUAAGUACGAGAACAUCUACUUUUUCGAAGGCCAGCUCGAUGACAUCACCAUGCACACUUUCUUUUCGCGUCAUUGGUUCAAAUCCGUGUACCUGGCCAUCGCCUACGUCAUCGUGACCAACGUACUCCAGCGGUUUAUGGAAAACCGCAAGCCUUUGAAGUCAGCCUUUUUCGAAGAACGCCCUUCACUCACUCAAAAAUCUCUUCAGCUUAAACUAUUUCUAAAAGCAAAGACUGAAUCUUGUUAUGGUGGCUUUGAAAACGAAAGAAACACUUUUUUCUAAACAAAUAUAUAUUCCGUUUUUCGCUCCUUGAAACUGCAAAAUUCUUCUGCGCUCUCCUCUUCUCUCGGCGACCGUCUCACGUUUACGUGCUGUUUUCAUUUUUCUCUGACACCGCCGCUGAGAGAACAUAAAGACGCAGACAGACAGAAAGUUUAUGCCGUGUUCAAUUUGAUUCCGCGAAAUUCAAAAUACGCGUUAGAGAAAGGAAAAAAUCACUAAAUUUUGGAGAGUCAAAGAUCACUUUGCAUUUCGCGGAAUCAAAUUGAACACGGCAUUAAAUUCGCCGAGAACGGAUAUAAUCAAACCAAUAUAUUUUAAAUUAAGCUUUUUUUAUUUUGGACCUUCUUCCAAACACUCAGAAACACAUUAAGCUUCCAAUCGUGAUUAAAUAUAUCAGUUGAGCAGAUAACUAUUGGUGAUUCCCAAUAAUAUCUCUGAUGGAAAUGAUGUAUUUUUUGAAAAAAAAAAUUUAAAAAGAAAAUUAAAAAUGUUUUCAUAGCCCUCUCAUGUUUAGGUGUUUGUUUGCUAGAAUUAUUUUGCUCAUUUACAAAGUUUUGUUCAGUAUCCGGCCCCUUCUCAUCUUGUGGAAUGGAUCGCUGGCAGUUUUCAGCAUCCUGGGAACCUGGCGAUUCGGAACUGAAUUCUUUCAUCUGAUUUUCAAUAGGUAAGAAUCUUUGUUCCAUUUUUCGCGUUCUCGCCGGUUUCCGUCGUGAGCUUUCUUGGAAAAAAAGUAACAAUCAAAAACUGAGAUGUAAAACUUUGGAGUGUGUUUCUUUGCUCGUUCUUUUUUUGCUGCGAUGGAAGAGAUAAUGUUUUGAGGCCUUGGCCGGAUUCGAUCUGUUUCUCGGUGGAUCCCUACCAACCGGCGGCCUUCUGGGCCUGCAUGUUCGCUUUUUCGAAAAUCGCCGAGUUCGGAGACACAAUGUUCCUCGUCCUUCGCAAGAGACCCGUCAUUUUUCUCCACUGGUAUCAUCACGCCGUUGUCCUCGUUCUUAGCUGGCACUCCGGUUCGCACUCACUUUUCUAUUAUCUUGACGAAAAAGAGCGACGGUAGAAAGAUUUCAUAUAUGAGUCUAUGAAAUUAUCAAAAAAAUAGAAAUGGCCCUCUUACGGGCUAGCCCCAGUCAAAAGUCUCCAAAGCGGCCGGGUUGAAAACUUGUUGUUCUAUCAAAGGAUCAAGACUUGAGCGUUAUCAAUCGUUUCCUAGACUCUCUUUGGUCUUUUUGACCUUGAGAGGGUGCUCUAAAUUUAGUUUGAGGUUUUCUUUCUUAAAAAGGAAUGUUGUUUAAUCUAACUUGAAACGUGCUAAAUCGGAGCGAUUCUGAAUUUUUCCAUUAUUCGAUUGGCUAUGCCUUAGCUGUAGGACGGCCUCGUCGAAAACACGCUAGGAAGAAAUUCCGGUUGGCUGUAGUGCAAUUCAGCUAGAUGUUUCACAAGGGAAGUGUUUUUGGUGGCCGGUUGAACUUUUGUUGAAACUUUGCUGAAAGGUACUAUAAGACCUCCUCUUUCCAGAACACAAAUAAAAUUUUUCGCAAUAGAUCUCGUUUUCGAGUUAUGAAGCUUCAAAGUUCGCCCGCUGAAUGAGUGCUGCAAGGCAAGAGGGAAUCUGGCUCGCGUACGAUCCCUCUACUCCAGUUGGCAGCGUGGUGUAGUGGCUAGCGUCCUCGCACUGGGGUGUCCAUGACCGUGGUUCGAAACUUUUUGAAGAAAUUCGUUUUUGCCAAAACUUUCGUAGGAGGAGUUUAUCGUCAUUGAGGAAAUAGACCAAAACUUUCUUUCCAAAAUAACAUAGAUUCUCAUUUCAUUCGAUUUACCAAGACUUUCGACGAACAUUUUCCUUCAGCCCAUGGGCAUGAUCAAUAGAUCACUUUCUGUAUUUUUUUUUAAAUCUAGAGGAGACUUACUCAUCUUGCUGUGGCGUAAGCUUUCAUUUAAUUCCUUUAAAAUUAUCAACUGGACUGAAACGCUGAUUAAUAGGCAUGUUGAACUUUUGAGGCCAAAAAAAAAAAGACUAUUAACCAUGUUUAUAAGCGGAAGAAAGCUUUUCAAUUGGUAUACCGAAUCAAAAUGAAAAAAUAUGUUAAUUCGGAGAAAAAAUUUUGAUCGAUUUUAACAAUGUCGAUAGAUUCCUCCUAGGAAAGUUUUGGCAAAAACGAAUUUCUUCAAAAAGUUUCGAACCCCGGUCAUAGACACCGCAGUGCAGGGACGCUAGCCACUACACUACGCUGCCAACUGGAGUGGAGGGAUCGUACGCGAGCCAGAUUCCCUCUUGCCUUGCAGCACUUAUUCAGAGUGCAAACUUUGAAGCUCCAUAACUCAAAAAUGAGAUCUAUUGCGAGAAAUUUUAUUUGUGUUCUGGAAAGAGGAGGUCUUAUAGUACCUUUCAGCAAAGUUCCAACAAAAGUUCAACCGGCCACCAAAAACACUUCCCUUGUCAGUAAAGAAUUCACCUUGGUCUACAAAGUUCAAAACAACGAAUUGUAGGAAGUAGAACAUUUAUCAAUUAAAAAAGAUCUUCAAAAGUUUUCGUCGAAACUUACAAAACUCUCAAAACUUCAGAUUCUAAAUUAUUUUCGCAAAUUAUAUUAACUUUUUUUUUAAAGUUUAGUCAAAGAAAUCGUUUCGGUACGAAGCUGCACUUUUAAAUUACAAGUUCACACUGAUUAGACUUCGAGCAUAUUUAUAACAGAUAAAUGUUUGAAGUUAUCCUCAAGCUCAAGAAUAAAAGUUGUAUUGUUGUGAAGCUUGAGUAUAGCUUCCGAACGUAUUUCGAGUAUCGGAAUGAUAUUUUUGCAUGCAUUCAGUGGCCAACUUUUUUUGUGUUUGCUGUAUGAAUCCACAUCAUCCCGUCAAAAUUUAUGUUUUGUACUGAAAUACGAAAAUGUGCCCUUUGUUGACACUGUCAGGAUGGUGACUGAAAUAUGUGAAUGGUUUCUUCACAUACUCCAAACUAACUGGUUAGCAGUUCAAAAUUCAGAAAAACAACACGUUAUCUCUUUUUCUUUUUCCGUAAUAUCAGCUUUAUUUCUACUUACCAGGUUAGUACGAAAUAAUUUUGAACGCUUAGCCAACAGAAAGGACUUCUUGUUGAAACCAUUCAUCUGAUUCACGGAACGAAAUUAUAGUUUUUUUCUUCAUUUAAAUGCAAUUCCCGCUGAGAUAUACAGCGCUAGGAACAUCGUUUCGGGCGAAUUACAGCCAGAACGUCUUCUUCGAAUCUCAUUCAGCUGAGAUUCAUCAAGGAAGAGAAUUGGAAGCCUUCUUUCACUAGUGGCUUCGCGUUGAUGUCACAAAGAGUCCCAAAAUAGCAGAAAAAUACGUACCAUGGAAACUUUGCCGGUUGUCAUAGCGCUCACCGAAAUGCCCUUGUGGUCUUGGCUUCCAAACGGAAAUAGAAUGAAGUAUUUCAGGAAACGACUGAAAAGCAAUUACGACCAAAAAAUUUGAAAACGAAUCAGGAAUUCUAACGUUUUCCUUCUUUUCAGCAGUAGAAUUGACGGCGGCCGGUCGCUGGUUCAUUUUCAUGAACUAUCUGGUGCAUUCGAUCAUGUACACUUACUACGCGGUCACCAGCAUCGGCUACAGACUUCCCAAGCUUAUAUCUAUGUGAGUCCGAUAUCGCGUUUCAUAUAAAUUUUUUCUGAGCACCAUUGAGAUGUGUUCUCGGUUGGAAAGCUCCGAAAAUAUUAGAUUAUUACCGUUUACCCAUUUGAAAACAGAUACUAUUGGCCCCUGUUUUCGCUAAAACAAUUGAUAAAUUCGUCAGAUUUCUACUAAUUUUCAUUUCUGAUUCAAAUCUCAUGCUUUUCCUUUCUCAAACUAGCCUCACAUUGAUCUUUUCAGGACGGUGACAGCUUUGCAAACGACGCAGAUGUUGAUAGGAGUUGCCAUUUCGGUCAUCGUCCUUUACUUGAAGCUCAACGGACAGGUAAUUUUAUUGCUCUCCUUCCUGCUUUCAAUUGGGAAUCGCAGUCAAAGCAUAAUAUUUUAUUUUCAUCUCCUCCACUGUUAAACCCGUGUUCCCAUUUCAAGACGAAACUAUGAAAUGAUAUAAAAAAAAUUCGCGUAUAAAAUAGGUAGAGAUCCUCCUGAGUUUCGAACUUUCAGCUGUGCCAGCAGUCUUACGACAACUUGGCGAUUUGCUUCGCCAUUUACACGUCGUUCCUGGUUCUAUUCUCCAAUUUCUUCAACAAGGCAUACCUUGUGCGUCGACCGAAGCCCAGCUCUAAAGUCGAAUAACUUUUUGCAAUUCCUAUUUCCGUGCCCCACUUAUUGAGUCAACCUUACGAGUCCUUUUCGUCGUGAUAAUGUUCCAUGAACGACGUUUAAAAAAGGCGGUUCUUCUGUUUGAAUACUCGCAAUCUAAUUUUUUUUUGUAGUUUUUUUCGCGAUACGUCAAAAAGGUUCCGCCGUUUUUUAAACAAAUACUUGUGCUAUGAAUUGAUUUUAAUGAACUUUUUUGUUGAAAAUUUUUUGAACAUAAUUGCCCUUCAACAACGUACUACUUUCUACAAAAUAUUGCAGCAGUUUUAACAUAAUCAGCCUUUUAAUAACCAUACAUAUAUCGAUUGGAUCCAAAUUAAGACUUAUAUUUUUGAAAAAAAAUGAACUUCGCGUCAUUGACUAAAAAAAUAUCUUAAUGGAUCACUUUCAAUAGAAAAGGCAGCUCAAUAAUCUCAAUAUAAAAAAAGUUAACUGAAAAAUUUUACGUGGGUUUUAAGUGGAUUGAUUGAAAAAGAGCAGAUUCCUGAACGCUUACAAGGGAAGAGAACAUGAAUAUAAAAGGUUUCUGACCGAAGAGAUGACUGGAAGUCGACAGAAAUUCUACCGUGCAAAGCCGUGUAGUGAAAUGAAUUCUUAGAAGCGUCAUAGGUCGGCUCGAAGGAAAAUUUUCCUUUUAUGUGUUUUUAGAAAGGUCUGGAAAAAAUUUCAGUAAUUUUUAUUAAGCUUUGAAGCUUGAUCUUCAAGUAAUUGUUCUGUAAGUACGUGGGCGCUCUUUUUGACUCGAACAAAAAAUCGAUCAAUAUUCCUUAUCACUGUCCCUUUCUCUAUUGAGAACGUUGUUGUAUUCAGUGAGUUCCAGAAUUUUACGCCUAUCGGCGUAAUUUUUCCAAUAUUUUUUCAUCUCUCAUUCUUGAAUUCAGUAAGGGUCAUCCCUGUAGCUUUCUAAUGCAGCUGUAUGCGGACGAGCUGGAGCUCUUCGGCGGUUCUCUGGACAUCGAAAGUUCCAUCGGCAGGGGAGGCUUCUCUGAUAUCUACGGCGCCGUUUACGACAAUCUGGUUUGAUAUUAGAAAGGAUUUUACGAACAAAAUACAGCACGUUGCUAUGAAAGUUCCUCGAGCACACAACUGCGAAAUUUCAAAGUUUCAUGAAGUUCUGCAAGGUUUACCACGAAACAUUUUUGUAUCAUUCAAACCAUUGGUAGAACUUCAACGCGAAGCUUCAAUUAUGGCUGCCUUGGAACAUAGAAACGUCGUGAAAUUCCACGGGAUCUGCUACGACCGCGUUCACCCAGGUAUAGUGAUGGAAAUUUGUCUGGGUAGGUAAUUCCAAUAAUGUAGUCAUGUCGGCGAUUUCGGCAGGUUCCUCUCUGGGCCAAAUCACGCGCAAACUUCUUCUCCUCGAGGAGUCAGCCGUGGUUCCACUGAGGGUCGCUUACUCCUGGUGUCGGCAGGUCACGGCCGCCAUGGAAUUCAUCUCACAUACGCACGUCCACGGCGAUCUCAAAGCGGAUAACGGUUUGUUUUUCACUUUUUUCCAAUUUUCUAACUGAAAAGAGAAUUGGUUUUUGUUGGCCUAGGUGAAAACGAAACAAGAAGCUACUCCUUCGUCGACAGAAAAAUAACAGUUCUUUAGUUUGGAAUAUGUUGGCAUAACACAAGAUUUAUUUAAAACCGAGAUUUCACUUUCUUGCAAAACUUUUAAAUCAACUCUUUUUCUAUCAAUCUCAGAGUUUCAGUCUUGGUAAAAGAAGAAGUCUGCUUCUGUUUUUUGUCGUUGGAUUCGCAUACCGAAGAUUGCCCUGAUGAUUUUUCACUCUGGACUGAGCCAGUCUGUCCUUUAUGCCAGAAAUGCUCUCUCGCCUUUUUGACGCUGAAAAUUUGUGACUUUGGCACUGCUUUUCCUGCUUCUAGAGCAGGUGAAACACGGUUAGUAGAACAAUGAGUUCCCUGAAAUAAAACUCACUAGUCAGUUAAAUAUUCAAUUCAAGGAAAGAAAUCUCUGGGACCGAAAGUUUCAUGGCUCCUGAGGUGAAAAAUGAGAAGAAAUGUUCGGAGAAAUCAGAUGUCUACGCGUACGGCUGCAUGGUCAUGGAGAUCGACAAAGUCUGCCAGGUCGUUGAUUAUUUUUAUCGAGGAUUUUCUUCACAAAAAAAAACGGUUUUUCUCUGUUAAUUCUAAAAAUGAGAUACCUAACAAAAGUAAAUUUUUUGAAUAUAAAAAAAUUAGGACGCAAGAGCAAAAAGAAUCGACCGAGAAUUUGAUGAAACUUCAGUUUCGUAGUCGACGAGUUGGACAGCGCAAAGAGCGUUAGGUUACAGUUUUGCAAAUUGAAAGCGCAAAGAAGAAAUUUUAAAAAACUUUGCUGUGAUCAGCGUAUUCUAGAGCAUCUCAGAACAUAAACAAAUAGCUUUUUCCAUGUGGGUCUUUUUAUUAUACCCGGUUUUAUCAAGUACCACCUCUACGCGGUGAUAGGGAGGCAACGCCAUUUAUGGCGGCUAAAGGUACACCGGUCACGCAGUUCGGCUUGCUUCUGCUAACAGAAUGGGCGGUCUUUUUUAACCCUGGCAAGGCAAAAAGGAUAAUAAGACCACAAUUAUGCUAUAACACGUUUAACACCACGGAUGGAACUUUUUCGCAAGAAUACCAGUCAACCAGGACGACAACACUGGAUGACCGAUUGCAUAAAACCUCCUGGAAAACGUGUGGUCCACGCUUCGAUUAAUAAAAGGCAAUAAAAUGUCAAAAGCGAAAAUGGACCAUCUAAGUAUCUAAGUAAGUAAGUAAGGUUUUAUCAAACUCGAGUUCGGCAAACAAUUAGAAAGAAAAAGUCUAUAGCCUGAAUAAAACAGGCUGCAGAAGUUGGAAAGCCUCUCACCGACCUUCUCGUUGCCCUCUUCUGAUGACUUGAAGUUUCUACCGUUAGGAUCAGUUGAAGUUGUCAAAAGUUGCUUGGUUUGGAAGUUUCCUAAAUGUUUCUCAACUCUUUCAUCAGAAAAAUGAACCGCAUGAGCGGCCAAGCUUCUCUCAACUUCACAGAUUCUUCACAAAUGGAUCAGUUACCAGUAAUGUCGAGAAAAUUGAAGUUUAUUUGUAAUAAUUUUAUUUAUUUGUGUAUCAACGUUCAGGCGGAAGAUCUUGACUUGAAUAAACGUACAGGAAGCCUGAAAGCGACUGACAAAACCAGUUCUGGAACCCAAAAGUUUGUGAGUCCUUCUUAUAAAAAAAAUUUGACAGUUUCGAAGUCUGGAGAGAAAAGUUGAAAAAAUUUCAGGAAAAUGGAUCAAGAGAAAAACAAGAACAUUAUUGGACGUUACAAGGACAGAUUCAUGAAGGUUGAAUAUAAUUUUCAAAUUGAAACUUAUUAUAUUCCAGUUGCGACAAAGCAUACGCCGUUCAAAGUAAGCGAUCAAGCGAUUGAGAGAACUCAGAGAAUUUGAGAUCAAGAAAAGCAGCGAGUGA